CGCCAGCCAAGCGGUACCUUCAACUACUCCCUCGCGGUGUGUGACGCGCUCUUCGCGAUUUUUCUACUGAAUUUUAUUGGAAUCGUGGCGCGCGCGAACGUGCACCGCGAGUGUCGAACGAUUCGACCGCUCGAGAGCUAUCGGCUGCUUUCAAAACGCAUCGCCUUGAUGUUCGGAGGCGCGCGCGAUUAUCCGCCGCGACCGAUUCGUUACACGAACGUUGUGUCGCAGUCGUGACUUCGCGGCCUUAUCGAAAGGAACAGCAACGCCUCGAUCUUUUUUCCGUCAGACGAAACCAAGAGAUUCUUGGAAGAACAACACGAGGCGAGGAAACAGAGUGCGCUAACUCGGCCAACGGUUCGCGAACGGUGCUGCGAACGGUGUGCGAGUCAAGUACGACGUUAGCGUCGAGUUAUCAGUGUCGGUGUCGAAGCGAAAGGGAAACAAUUUUUUAGUCUGUGUCCAUCGUGAGAACGCCUCGUAUCGACCUCGAAUCUCUGAAUCGAAGGUCGGGGGUCUGGCGGUGUCCGAUUCGUCGCUAGGCCGGCGCGAACACGGUGCGGUCGAGUUUCGCGACUGACGAAAGGAGCGAAUAUCGUCGAAGAUCGACCAAAGUUCGUGAACCGUGAGGUGAAUCGAUGGUGCACGCGAAUUCGUGACACGAUCAGUUCGUUGGGUGGUAGCACGCACGAUGUCGCGGCGCGAUGCAUCACGUGACUAAGAACGGACCGUAAAAGAAGAACAGACAAAACGAACGGUGGAAAGAAGGAGCGGAAGAGGCAAAGGAUACAUUUCUGGUGAGGACCUUGACGGGUCCUGACCAGGCCGUCAGGAACGUGGAAAAUAGGCGGAGGUGGCUGCCGCGGAUGGAUCGCGUUACCAUCGGUCGAAUCUCUCAGUGACGAAACAAUCUACCGAGAGUAACAAUGUCCUAGCGAAGGCAGGAGUUCGUCUAGACCGACCCCCUCGCCCUGUUCCGUUUCAUCCAAAAGAACCUUAAAACCCGUUUCGCCUUAUGAUCCCCGGACACCGUUCUCCGACUGGUGUGCGAAUCGACGCACGACCACCUAGAAAAUCGUCCUUAUACGCACAUACACAACGAUCACCCCGUAGAAACACACGUGCGCAAGUACCGUGCACUACCUACGAGGUCUCGUUCUAGGGACACGGGUACUCGCGUGCACGACACGCUCGUACGGUCAAAAACCUGCACGCGUUUUCUCCGUCCUCUUUCCCUCUGAUCCAUCGCAAUUUUUCUGACGCGAACGUGCGUUUACAUAGCCACGUCGAUGCCAGAAAGGAACGCGUUCUCCCACACGCGUCCCCGCCUUAACCGUUAACCUCUAUAGCAGCGUAUACCUAGAAACAACCACGCGCGCGGUUGUGUCCCUCCGACACACGCAUACGCCAACCCCCUGACGUAUACUCGAAGAGACGCGUACAGAGACAGGCACGAGCUUCCCGAAUCCAGCCAAGUCCAAAAUCCUUAAUCCCGUGGGGUGAUCCUGGCCCCACCCGUACGCCAAGGAACCACACCCCGGCGAGAGAAGAAACUCAGGAUACAGACUUAUCGGGUUCGUGGUGAUGAUAGCGGCACGCUGUGGAGGCUAAGGUGGCUGUCGCGGCGGCUGAAGAAGUGGCGAGGUUGGUGAAAAUCGGCGCCGGGAGCGGUCAAUCCGGGCAGCGGUAGUGGUGGCGGAACGGCAGGGAUACUAUGGGAGCGGGGGUAUGGGGGGCGGAGGAGGGCUACAAGCCACGGACCUCCGGCGAAGGCUCGAGUCCCGGUUUUCAGGAAGCGCUUGUCCCCAGAGACCUCGUUCCUUAAGACACGAUGGCUCCCAAGCAUCCGAGGGCAGCACCCGUGACCAGGAAGAAAGAGUUGACUUGCAAGCGGCUCUCGCUUCCGGUCAACCCACGUGUACGGGUUCCCGGCCGUGCAGACGACAGGCGAACGAGGGGAAUGGACAAGAGAAAGGUUCGAGGUGCUCGAACGGCGGAUCGGGCGUAAUCGGAAAGCUACGGCUCUCCGUCGCAAGACCUAUCAACACAGCUGAAAAGGAGGAAGGAGUCAAUGGGAAAAGGCAUCGGUUUCGAUGGUGUCGCAGGGAUAUCCGAUGGAUCGCGGAUGUGGCAACGAGGACCCUGCUCCUCGGUAUCGUGCUUUUCGUCACGCCAGGUCUCUGCCACCAGGACGCGGUGCACAUUACGGCAAUCCUGGGGGAGAGCGUUGUCUUCAACUGUCACGUAGAGUUCCCCGGUGAGCACCCAGUGCCCUACGUUCUCCAAUGGGAGAAGAAGGUAGGCGAUACGGGGCAGGAGAUACCAAUAUACAUAUGGUACGAGUCGUAUCCGACCCACAGUGGCGAAGGUUACGAAGGUCGAGUCUCGAGAGUUUCGCCGAAUUCACCGUAUGGCGUGGCGAGCCUCAACUUGACUGACAUCCGCGAGAGCGAUCAAGGAUGGUACGAGUGCAAGGUCGUCUUCCUCAACAGGUCGCCUAACAGUCACAAGAACGGUACCUGGUUCCACCUGGAUGUCCACGUUCCAAGAGUAUCACGGGAGGAUAAAAACGAUUGGUUCGUUUUCGUAGCGCCACCAAAAUUUAGCAUCACGCCAGAGGAGAUGAUCUACGUGAACGUGGGCGACGCAAUAAUAUUGAACUGCCAAGCGGAGGGUACACCGACACCGGAGAUUCUCUGGUACAAGGACGCGAACCCAGUCGAGCCGUCGACCACCAUCGGAAUAUUCAACGACGGCACUGAGCUCAGAAUCUCGACGAUCAAGAACGAGGACAUCGGGGAUUACACGUGCAUCGCGCGAAAUGGGGAGGGUCAAAUCAGUCACACGGCCCGCGUUAUAAUCGCUGGCGGAGCGGUGAUCACCGUGCCACCAACGAACCAGACCAAGCUGGAGGGCGAAAAAGUUCAGUUCUCCUGCGAGGCGAAAGCUCUGCCCGGCAACGUGACUGUACGUUGGUUCCGCGAGGGAGCUCCGGUAACGGAACUCUCGGCGUUGGACACCAGAGUAUCGAUCAAACCGGACGGCAGUCUCGUGAUCAAUCCCGUUAGCGCCGACGACUCUGGCCAGUAUCUGUGCGAGGUGACAAACGGCAUCGGCGACCCGCAAAGCGCCAGCGCUUACCUCAACGUAGAAUAUCCAGCGAAGGUCACGUUCACUCCCACGGUGCAAUACCUGCCGUUUCGAUUAGCUGGUGUGGUCCAAUGUUACAUAAAAGCGAAUCCUACCCUUCAGUACGUCACGUGGACAAAGGACAAACGAUUACUCGAACCUUAUCAAACGAAGGAUAUCGUCGUGAUGAACAAUGGCUCCCUGCUUUUUACACGGGUCAAUGAGAAUCAUCAAGGUCGAUACACCUGUACGCCUUACAAUGCGCAGGGCACACAGGGAAGUUCUGGACCGAUGGAGGUUCUCGUGCGAAAUCCACCCGUCUUCACUCUCGAACCAGAACCCAUCUAUCAGAAGAAGGUCGGCGAAACGGUGGAGAUGCAUUGCGACGCUCAGGAAGCCGAGGGCACGCAGAAGCCCACGAUACAGUGGCACAGGAGGGAUGGCGCGUCCAUUCAACGCAACCGGGCCAAAAUCGUCGGCGGCAAUUUAACAAUCGAGAGCCUUCGACGCGCGGACUUUGGCUUCUACCAAUGCGUCGCGUCGAACGAGGUGGCAACCAUAUCGGCCUCCACGCAGUUGAUCGUCGAAGGCACGCAACCCCACGCACCGUACAACGUAUCCGGGACUGCGACCGAGUUCGCGGUGUCGUUGACUUGGCUACCGGGAUACUCUGGAGGACCUGAUUACAAACAGGAUUAUACUAUCUGGUACAGAGAAUCUGGUACGUCGGAAUGGAAAACGAUUCCAGUAACUCCGUCUGGAAGUACGACGGUAACGAUCAACAGCCUAACACCAGGUACGCUGUACGAAUUCCAAGUGAUCGGGAAGAAUGCUCUGGGCGAUGGGAUGCUGAGCAAACUCAUUACAAUCAGGACACUUGACAUCUUAGAUCAUAAUACUCUCAUAUUACCGACCGAUUCUACCGGCAACCCAGUGUUCCCGCCAAUCAUGCGCCCGAAAGGACCAAAGCCAGGUCCUCCCAAAAAUCUCACGGUGACGGAGGUCAGUAACGGUUUCCUGAUAUCCUGGGAAGCACCUGUGGAACGUAAUCAUCUCAUUCAGUACUACACCAUCAAAUAUAAGACGGACGGACCCUGGAAAACGCUCAACAAGGGACAGAUCCGACCCGAAGAAACCAGCUAUUUGGUGAAGAAUCUGGUCGGUGGUAGAACCUAUUAUUUCCAAGUGUUCGCCAACUCGGCGACCAAUUACGGCGCCAGCGAGCAGGUGAAAUUCCCGGUGCCGGCUCGAGUGAAGCACAAGGCGAUCACCGCGGGCGUCGUUGGCGGUAUACUCUUCUUCAUCGUUGCGAUCAUCCUCAGCAUAUGCGCAGUGAAGAUUUGCAAUAAACGGAAAAGACGAAAACAGGAGAAAGAACUGCUUUCAGCGUAUAGUAUGGUGGCCUGCCGGGUUACCGACGCCAGGAACGGCGCAGGGCAAGGGCCCCAGGGAACAGUGCCUUUGAAAAAACCUAGAAAAAGCCGAGUACCAGGUCUAAAUCUCCUGCGGGAGAUUCUGAACCCGGAUACGCCGGACUCGUGCCGCGGCCGACCGCUGGGAAAAAUCUCACGCGCGGCCGACGGCCGCUUCGUGGUAGCAGACUCGGUCCUCAGCUCGGCGAACAACAGCAUCCUGGACGCUUCGAGCAGCGACGACGGUGGAUUCCUGCCGAAGCAGCGGCUCAAAUCCUCCUGGCGGCGACCGCUCGUCGGCACCAGUCAACUCAGCCUCAGGUCCGAUGGUAGUGGCGUCUCCAUCGGAGGGUUACCGCCGUCUAUUCAUCAUCACGGGACGGUGAACUCGUUAGCUAGAAUAGCGCCAGCAAUCUGCACGAUCUCGUCACCCAGGUUCUUGGCCAGUUCACCGAGCGGGCCGCAAGUCCCCUGGACGCCUUUAUACUUCAGCGAUCUCAGUUCUGUCAGGCAACCAUCAUCCGGAGAACGUUCCUUUCCGACGCCGCCCGAUUAUCUUCAGCUUCGUAGCGUGCACCAGCGAUACAGCCAGGAGCUUCCCUCGUUGAAGGCGAUCCACGCCGAGUCUAGGAGGUUCGUACCCGUUCAACCGUUGGCGACCUCUUCGCCGCCUCAAUCUGCCGGUAGAUCGAGAGCGAGGCUGCCUCCUCGACACGCGAGGCAUGCGAGGUCUGCCCCAGAGCUGGCCGCGUCCCCAGACUUGGAGACAUCGCCGGAGAGUAGGUCUAGCAGCUCGGGCUUCGGCAGUAAAAACACCUCGCAACAGAAUCAGAGCUCGAGGAGCGGUAGUACAGUGGCCGAGUGGAGACCACCGCCUUACAGACCACCGCCGCCACCCCUGGUUGGCCGAUGGUUGGAGCUUCAGGAUCAAGCGAAAGUCGAGCACACGCACAUUCAAAAUGCCGUGGACGCCGGCAGCGUCGAUGGACAUUACGAGUUCGAUCCUGUCUCGUGUACGCCGACCCCUACGUCCGCCUCCACCCCGACCAGGGAAGAGAGGCCACCGGUACAUCAGAUUCACACUAUUCACGUGCCACACAUUCACCAGGUGCAUACGAUCCAUCACCAGACGCCGAGAUAUAGCAGGGACAACAUCGAGGCUAGAGUGCAAGCGAUGAAGGCCGAGUUCCAUCAGUUUCGACAGCGGCAAGCGAGGAGAAGACAGAGCGCGCAUCUCGAAAGCGCCUGUUGACGGCACUGUUCACUAGUAACUAAGUUGCAUUCGUUGGAUUUCCAUAUAGUUCCAUCAUCGGAUAUCUGCUCCGAUUCGUUGCUUCUUCGUCUCUUUCGUGGUCAAUCGGAAACGAGAAGAACGCGUAACGAGAGACGGGACGCUCUGCGAACGAAGCAAAUUCGCAAAUCAAGACAUCUCGAGAACAUCGGAAGAGAAAAGAACGGAAGAACAAUCUCGAAGGACGCGGGAGAGCGAUGAAGCGGACGAAACCCAGCAAAUCCCGGCUGUGACGAAAGUUAUGCAAACGCGAUUCCAAGCGGACGUCGCCGUGAUUAUCAUCGGAGACCAACUGUUAAAGCACAACGAGGAUCAUCGUACGCGAUUCAAAUGUAGGCAACUUCAAGUCAAUUCUAUCAGCUGGGCAACCAUCUCUACAAAAAAAAGGCUGUUACAAGCGUCAGCUCAGGAUACAUAAAUUUCACCAACGCGAACAACUAACGUAGUAGAACUGUACGUUAAGAAGUUACACAUCGUCCGAGUCCGAUCGUUGCUGAUUUAAGGAGAAAAGCGACAUGCGAGACGAGUUCUCGUACCCCCCUUCUCUCGUCCAACAGUCAAGGAAUGUCACAAGGAGGAUCGACGACGUUCCAGAGGAUCCAGCGACGAAAGACGAAAGAUGGUUCGAGCAGGCGGGGACGAUUCGAGUUCGACGAUCGUUAUUGGUCAUAUCCCGCGUGUACCAACGACGCCUACGUCCAAUUCGGACGACCGUGAUUUUUAGCGUUACUAAUAUUAUCGAGUAAAGAGAAAAUCAGGCGCAUGAGUUUCUUAGCGAAUGGAAGUGCGAGGAAGAAGCCGGAGGACGUUCGGCCGAGAACAACUCGGUAGAGAACCGAUUCCGUUCGAACCGAUAACUAAAUGUUCCCGCCCGAGGAAUUAAGCGAAACGAUUGGCACGGAACGUGAAAUCGGGUUUCAGCGAGAAAGAAAUACCGAUAAGACGAGAGACGGCAUGAUACUCCAAAGAAACUACACCGUGCUCCGUAUAUCUUUUAAAACGACACGUAAGAGUAACUUUAAUCGUACACUGUAAGUAAUAAUUAAAGAAAAACAAAAAAAAAAUGAAGCAAAAAAAAAUGAAAGCGAAUGCGAUGCAACUAAAAAAAGAAGAUAAAAAAACACACAAGUAAGAUAAUCGAAGAAUUACCAUACACGUAUACAUACAUACAUACAUACAUACAUACAUACAUACACACACACACACACACACACACACACACGAGAAUCUAAGAAAAAAAUAAAUUAAAAGGUUAAUUAUAUCGAUGAGCAAUGGACUCGAAAAGUGAUAUUAGGCCGAAGCUUGCCUGGAAAUUGCUUAAGGACUCACUCGUACUGCACUGCCUGUUUAGGGUUUCGCUAGCGACCCAACAUAUUAUCGGCACAAUAAUUUUUCUUAAGUAAAGUAAACGAGGAUAAGUAAAGUUCUUUGAAUCUAGCCGCGGUCUGACGGCCACGGAGUUUGCGAACACGCGCGUGCACGCAUUCCGAGACAUCGAGAACCGCUCGCCGCCUUUUUCUCUCGCCCACCCUCGUCGCGAGCCCAUUUUGCUCCGGUCGAGCCUUUCGGCGCGAACUUUUGCCAUGCGAAGGCUAUUCCUUCACGAACUGCCAGCGAACGACGACAAUGGGACCGACGACUAUUCCCCCUCUGUCCGUUCCUUCCAACGGGAAUGCGUUCGCGGCAAGAGUUCCUGUGACUGACAAACCAAUAUACAUACGAAAGGAGAUCGCAAAUCGUGCACUCGCGUGGAAGCAUCGCCGUUGGAUGCCGUGACCCGUGCAUUAGAUACAAAAGAAUUACACACGCGUACACACUCUUAUCGACAGUACAUGACACACUGGCGACACAUUCGCACAUACACGCGUGCACGCGCAAACACACAUACAAACACACACACGCGCUCGCGCGCGCGUGCGCGUACACGAAGAGAGGAAGGACGAGCGAAUGACGAACGAGCGAGUGUUGUACGAAUGAUUACAGACACGCGACACACGUGUACACACGAAAAGCGUUCUUCGAUACCCACCUAAUUCUCACCAAACGCAUUGUAUUAAAUCAUCUCGAGUCGAGGACGAAGCUCGUGGACGGCCCACAGAGUGUUCGAGAAUUCAAAUACGGGCUAACUUCGAUCGAGUAGAACGCGACCUAAACGAAUGAGAAAGAUGUUAACGUAUUCACCCGCGAUACUUUACACGAUAAUUAUAACGUGUUACUUCGAUUUAAUCGAACGCCGCUUCCAACUUCUGUUUCCUCUUCUUUGGUUUCUACCUCCUCUCUUGUUAAAUUUUCUUGAUUACUUUCCGUUCAACUGCACACUGCGUGCGAACACAGGGCAAAGCAGCAGCUGCGACUGCGGAGCAAUCGAAUACUCUCGGGCCGCGGCGCCGCGCGAUUUCCCCUCGACGUCUCAGCAUUUUACUUUUUUUUAUAGUACAAAACAUUUAUUUAUACGUGCGUAUUAUAAAUACUUAUAUUAUAUAAAUAUAAUAGCAAGGGCUCUACUCACGAUUCAACUAUACUUCGACGAAAAGCCGUAAAGCCGACAAGUGCAAACGACGACGCGGACGCUGUCGAGGCAGGACGCUCUGUAUAAUCUCCGUUAAGAUGUAACUGAAUGAGUGCGGCGUGAGAUGAGUGCUAUAUUGUGCGAUAGAGUGCGGGAUAGAAGAGAAGAGUGUAUCUGUUUGAGUGUAUGAGCGUGCGUGAGAAAGAGAAGGAAAGAAAGAGUGCGGAAUAAACGAACAAGAGAAGCGUAUAAGAUGGAAACAAAGAAAGAACGGAGGUGACGCGAAAGAGUACCAAUAUUCUAAAGUAAUUCUAAUGAUUGAAUUAAUAAUUUGAUAAUUAAUUGAUAUUGUACAUCGUAAACGACGUAGCGUGUAGCGUAUUAAUCAACGAGAACGACGAACGCGGCGACGACUAAUUCGUUAAAUUAAUUACUAUUACUCGGGAUCGAAGCGACAGCGAGGAGAAGCUUGAGGGGCACGCGUGAUCGGGCCACGCCGCGAUUUUUGAACUAUCGUUGCUGUUGUAUCAUAAUAAAAUUGGAUGUAAGAGGCGUGUCUCGAUCAAGCCGUAUGGUUCCCUGGUAGCAAAGAGUGGCGCACUGUGGACGCGGUGCCGAUGAUCGAUAACGAGGACGUACUCUCGGCCGAACGAAAGGAAGCGAGCGAUCGAUCGGUAAUCUUUUUGUACGUCGAACGGCCAUGAUCGAUUUAAAUCAUCCGUUGUUCCUUUCGCGGAUCGAAGAGUCGAACUCGACGAGAUGACGUGGUACCGCGUAGAAAGCCGAAAGAGCAAAUGUCUAGGCGCAGGGAGAGGAUCGGAAACGUCGAUCGAUCGCCUCCGUGGGUCGACGUUUUAACCGAUCUUCCUUUACCCGUGUGGCCCUUUGCCUGUUUAGACGGUCGAGCAAAGAGAAAAUACGGCGAGCGAAAGAAAAGAAAAACCAACCAAUUGAUAUAGACAUAUAAGUAACGUGUAGAUAUAUCAUAGUUAGAUACAACGAUCUCAAGAAUACGCGCAGAGUGUCGACGAUCGCGAUGAAUCGGAAAGACGAGAGGACGAGACGGGGUGCCUUCGACGAACGGAGGUGCCGCCGCUAAAAUUUCAGUGUAAUCGUGCGGCACCAAUAGGUGGCAAUGCCACGAAUGUCGUCUGAAAGAGUCUGAGAUCUAGCAAGGAAUAUAUAUGUACGUAUGCAUGUAUACAGAGACCGAGACGAAGGAUACGACAUAGAACGGGAGAAAGGAUUAAUGGUUUGGCGCGAUCGCGUGUUAAAUGAAUAAUAUGGUUGAAUCGUGAAUUCGUUCGUGUAACGUUCGUCAUCAACAUUCAUUAUCGAUAGCUUCGUUUUGCGUUUGUUCUUUUUGUUCCUGAAAAAAGAACCGUUGUCCUCAUCUUCUCCCUCUUCUGCAUCUUCACCGUAUUCAUCUUUCUACUUCCCUAUCUCCUUUCACUUUUCUACUUCUCAUAUCUACGUAUUUCCAUUUCUUGCUCUCCGUCUACCUCGAGUCAUCGUCAUGGCUUUCUUUUCGUUUGCGAUUUAUCUUAGUCGCGUUAUUUAUUUAGAGUUCGAGCGAGUAUGAACUUACCGCCGGAUGUGAAUGAAAUUAAUUUAGGUAUUCGCUCUUUACGUACCUGAAAGCCAUCUGGCAUAGCAUAUUUUUCAGAGUCGCGAGUGAAAUUUUCAUCCCUUGGAGCAGAACGUUUGCGAAUCCAACACGUGCAGCAGCUAACAGAAAGAUAUUCUUCGCGGUCGAGCUAGAGAUCGCGCGAGAUUGGAUCGAUCGGUUAGCGAUUACGUUCGAAACGAUCGCGUAUAUUUACUUUCAUACUAUGUUUCGUACUAUGUUUCUCUGCGUUGCGAUAACGUAAAAUCGCGAAAAUAUUUCGGAAAGUCGAGCCGUCGAAUCGCGCGCGUAAACGGCAGGCUAGAAAAAUGGCCAAAGAGACUCGAGGUCUCUACGAUCGCGCACGUUUAGAGUUUUCUAGCGUCAGCGUCGCGCUACUAUUAUACAAUGGCUCUCGGGUACUAUUUUUCACCGGUAUUACGAUCUUCUCAUUUCCAUCACGGUAUUCCGCAUUCUUUCGAAUAAUCGACGCGAGUUUUCCUUCGAUCGAUAAAAACCGCAACGAAUUGUGAACAAAAUUUAAUGAUCGAGAGAGAGAAAGAAAGAGACGAACGUAGAAGGGACGGCGUCCUAGCGACGCCGCGCCGGUAGCAAGCGAUCCGUUUUUCAAAAUAAACGAUCGUCGCAGUUCCAGGUACGACGAGAGUUUUCGAGUGUUCAAAGUCUAUCGGCAUCGAGCACACCGACGAUUUCUAGGGCAACGUCCAACCGUUCGUUCAACCAUGCCCGUUGUCUUUUUUUUUCGUUUUACAAAAAGUUACCCUUUGAUUUCCGUUCGUGUCAGCGUUCUUCAAUCGCCGGAUAUGCAUCCGCGCGCGUGCAUCGAAUAUAAUCUUCUUAUCGUAACGUUCUUCUGUAUCGUCUGUCUUCGCUACGUUCGCUUAAAUAUAUCGUCCGUUUUCUUGUUGCACGCGCGACUUCCAACCGAGCAACAAAAUGAAAGAAGUAAACAAAAGAAAAGGAGAGAGAAGAGAACGAAUAGAAACGAACGAGAGGCGCGUUUUCGUUAGUCACCUUCGCGAGUGCUCGCUUUCACCUCCAUUUUUCACCGUUUUAUUGAUUGACCUAUGCUUUCUCGCGAACCUCCCCCCACGAGAACUCCAAGACGUACUAACCUAGGACAAAUUGUAGACAAUUUAUUAUCAAAUAAAAGUGAAAAAUAAAGCGACAUUUGAAAGGAAAAAAGAA